AUGCAGCUUGAAAUUUAUGACAAGCCAGAGGACCAAUCCAAGAGUAGCAAACCUGACGAUUAUCCACCAACUUCGUUAGAAGAACAGAUUUCGAAAGGAAGGCAAUUUGUUUGGAAACACUCUGACAAAGUGAAGGUGAUUGCAACAUUCUCACUUUUUAAUUUCAAUUCCUGUUUCUCAACUUUUAAAAAACUAAACAUUUUUGGAGUAAAAUAACAAAUUACUGUAGGCCACAAUAGGGCCAUUUAUACGGAACAAAAUAAGUCGCGACUUACAUAAGACGCGACUUAAAUAAGCGGAGUUGUCGCAUAAAUGGUUCUCUACGGCUUUGGUCUUAUUUAUUUGUUAUAGCUGUAAUGUUGUUUUGGUUGUUUUUGUUUUAAUAUGCAAGGCAUUAAAUUUUACGUUGUUUCAAGUUUCUGGCAUGUGUAGUCAGACUUUUUGCCCAAAAUUUCUUAUUUAAGACACGACUUAAAUAAGAACAGCUAAAAGACCUGUUCUUAUGUAAGACGCGUCUUAUCCAGGACGCGUCUUACAUAAGAAUUUUGUACCUUUUAUAUGACAAACCCGCGUCUUACUUAAGUCGCGUCUUACGUAAGUCGCGUCUUAUUUUGUCCCAUAUAAAUGGCCCUAAUGUGGCUUGUUAAUAUUUUAUAUAUUAUGUUGUACAUAUCUAAAUAUAUUGAAUUUUGGUCAGUAAUUUUUUGAACAAUCAUAAUAUGUUAUUUUAACAGAAUGUGACAGAUUCUUCUGCUGAAGGUGCCAAGACUUUUUGGGGCAAGACAAAAGGUUGAAACGAUUGUAAUUUUUUCAGCUUGUACUUUUGCAUCUGAAUUAGAUAAUUAAUUAAAUCAAGUUUAUUAACAAAGCUUAUGGCUAUAGUGCCUCGUUUUAAGCAAUUGUAUUUUUGUUUCAGAAUUUGCAACAAACAUUCAAACCGACCAAACGCUGCAGUUGAAAACCGGAGCGAUCGCAGCUGCAACUCUGACUGGCAUUUUGGUGGCUGGUCGAGGAAGUAAGUUUGAAGGGAGUUUUUGCCAAAACUCCCUUUUCAAAUGCCAAACCUUCGUUUUCCAAUGCCAUAACUCCGUUUUCAAAUGCCAGAACUCCCUUUUCAAAUGCCAAAACUUCGUUUUCAAAUGCCAAAACUCCGUUUUCAAAUGCCAAAACUCCGUUUUCAAAUGCCAGAACUCACUUUUCAAAUGGCAGAAGUCCGUUUCCAAAAUCCAGAACUCUGUUUUCAAAUGCCAGAACUCCCUUUUUAAAUGCCAAAACUCCGUUUUCAAAUGCCAGAACUCCCUUUUCAAGUUGCAGAAGUCCGUUUUCAAAUGCCAGAACUCCCUUUUCAAGUUGCAGAAGUCCGUUUUCAAAUGCCAGAACUCCCUUUUCAAAUGCCACAACUCCCUUUUCAAAAGCCAGAACUCCUUUUUCAAAUGCCAGAACUCCUUUUUCAAAUGCGAGAACUCUGUUUUCAAAUGCCUAAACUCUGUUUCCAAAUGCCAGAACUACCUUUUCAAAAGCCAGAACUCCGUUUCAAAUGCGAGAGCUCCGUUUUCGUCUUGAUAUAUGAAAGUUUUCGACGAACUGGGUUUGAGCAAAUUAGUGGACACUCAAUUUUUACAAUAUGAAACAUAACUCAAAAACAUUUCUUCGGUGCCCGGUCUCCUGUCGCAAUUUGCAAGCUUCAAGCGAAGCGAGCAAGUUUGAACCACGCAGGGCUAACUGAAAAAUUUUUUGGCUACCUGCAAAAAAACUAAAUAUACAGGCAAUAAUAUGAACAAGCUUUCGUUGGUAGGAUAUAUGCAACUACCUGGAAAUAUAAGGAGAAUUUCGAUGUUUUAAGCGAAGGCCCUUUGUCUGGAGUUACUAGCCUUCCCGAAACAUCGGAAUUUUCCUUAUUUUUUUCAGGUAGUUUUAUCCCUACCAACGAAAACUUGUUCAUAAUCGUUUAAUACUCGUUUACUGUUCUUCAAAAGGGCGUCCACUUCGGAGGGUAUUUUUCGCCGGUACCCUGGGGACCGCAACGGCGGCAGUAUGCUACCCGGGGAAAGCUGCCUCCACGGCGAAAUCUGCCUAUCACAAGCUUGCAUCCUACGUAAGUGACGGCAAACCCAGCUCCAAGGCACAGAAAGUCCAGUUUGAUGAAAAUAUCGACCAGUUUCGUAGCGGGGAGACGUUGAUGUUAGAAGAGGCCAUUAUCCUCAGCGAAAUGCUCUACGAAGAGCUACUGAAAUGGCUACACGUGGAGGAGAUUCACUUGGCCGAUGUUAUGGCGAUUUGUAACGAAGUUGUCCAAGAGGUUUUCCUUGGGAUUAGUGAGGAUUUUGAGAUACAAACGGGAGGUUAUGUCAGCGCCGAACAUGCGCCCCACGCGAGUUCUGACGUUGUACUUGACGCGAAAGACGUGACACAACGCUUAGUCCAAGAAGUCCUGGACUCUAUCAACGAAGAUAUAGAAAUCCAAACCGGGGGGGUUGUUACCGGAGUACCGACUAUCGCUCUAGACUCGACCGUUCUUGCUAAGGAUAUCUCGACCGCGGUAACAAAGGCCCUGGAACGAGACGUCGCUUCCGGUUCCACCGACCAGUAUCUCUUCUCAAGUCCCGCGGGACUGUCGCGCGUCGUUUGCGAGGAGUACACGAAAUGCGUGGACGCCGCGAUUCGAUCGCAAGUGCCGACGGGUAAAUGUCACGUGAUUAUUAAUUCAACUAACCUGGCUGCAAAAACCGCGGCAGAAAUUAAAGUGGUCGUUGAUGGUUUGAAGAACAGUCGCUCAGUUCUAGUGAGUUCGAGUCGGCCCGGCAACACCUCGGACUCCGCGCAGGUUGGUAUUGUUUUUAUUUGUUUUUAAUAAUAUUUUAACACGGUAGUCUACCAUGCAACCUUUUGAAUUACAAGAAAACCUCUUUAAUUUAAAAUGGCCGACUUGGGGCAAGGCUUCUGUCGGUUGUUUAGAAGUGUCCACUAUCUAGAGGUUUUGUUUUAUCUUCUUUUCACAUACAAUCAAUCAAUAUUAUAUUUAGCACCAUUAACUAAACCAAUAAUUAUUUACAGAUAGAUAGAAAGAUAGAUUUUAUUAAAACACUACAUGGUAGUCAUAGAGACUGAAUUACGUAGGUAUACAAAUUAUCAAUAUAUAUUAUCAAUAUUUACAUAUAUUACCAUUUAAAAACGUACAUGAGUCCUAAGAAAGUUAAAAAGUUACUAUACAUUGGUUGCAUGCAUGGGGUAAUUUCACAAAACAAUGGUGCAAGCUAACUGUAAUAACCAGAAGGUUACACGAGACAGCUUAGACAAUGAAAGUUGAAUAGAAAACACGUCCCAUGCUAGAGACACAACGGUGUGAAAUUGCUUGGGACUGUCUUGUUGUUUAAGGGCAUGUUACAUGAGUGUAACCUCGUGUAACAUGCCUUUUAAAGGUUUAAAAGAUUGCGACUAGAACUUUAAGGUCCAUUGUCACUCAAGAAAAAUUUCCACGGACAGAAUAUUUUCUGAAAAUAUCAUUGUUGAAAGUUGAAAAUUUUCAACUUCAAAAUUUUUUUCCCACGGAAAAUUUGUGUCGCGGCCAAUCACAUUUUACAAAAUUUUCUUUCUGCGCAAAUUUUCCUGAGUGAAAAUGGGUCUUAAGACUUGGUAAUAGUAAUAAUAAUAAUAAUAAUAAUGACGUUUUUUGAAGAAACUUUAGUAGCAAAGCCGAAUUACAACUUAUUAUUAUUAUUAUUUUCUAAGAUUUCACAUUAAGUAGUUAAUCACUAAAUUAUAAUGCGAAUUACAGUUAAAAAUGAAGAAUAUAUAUCCUAUACACUACUCUAUUUAUAAGGAUACUCCUAUUUCAAUCUAAGAACUAUUAAUUUAAAAACUAAGUAUUAUUAAUUAUCUUAAAUUAUUACUAUUAUAUUGUUCGACUCCAUAGACAAUUGCACUAUUUUUAAAACGUUUGUCCGACAGUUAAAAUUAUAAAACUUUUCUCCACUUAAUCUUAAUCAUUCCAGGUUACCGAGCAAGUAGCGUCCAAACUUUUAAGCCACAUAGAGCAAGGUAUUAGAAAAUCCGAUGGGAAGGAUUAUGCUUUCUCCGAAGCCAGCAAAAUCGUACGAAAGGCUUCCGAAGAAGCGACGAAGGCGAUUGCUUCCGACGUUCAGGGUUCGGGACAGGCCGUGAAAGAUCGGAAAACGAGAGUCGCGCUUGAUUUGGCCAAGAAGGUUGGCGAGGAGGUCAUUGAAGCUAUUAAUGAAGAUAUUGAGAUUCAGACGGGCUCGGGUUUACGAGGACCGUCCGAUGGUAAGCCGAAACCGCCACGAAAACCUCCGACGCCUGUAACCAAAGACGAUGCUGCCACGCUUGAUGGUAAGGUUUUGAUUAUUCAUUGAAGUGUUUUUAAUGUCUAAAUGUUUGGUUACCUUUGUUCCAUUCUAUGUUUAUAUUAUCGGAACAGUGGAAACUAGGAAUGUCCAAAUGUGAAUUAAACCAAAUCAACUAAGUCGUGUUUUGCCUGUUAGCUACCCAAUUCACUCACUCACGCAAAACACACAAGUUGUCACAGAUCUAACGUAACAAGGUUCUAGUCAAGCCGAUAUCAGGAUGUGUUCGGACCAGUGGCGAAGCCAGCCUGACAAUUUGCCUGACAUGUCAUGCAAUGGAAAUAUUUCCGUGUUCAUAGACCAUGAAAACAAUCCAUUUCUAAAGAAGUGAAUAAUGAUAAUGAUUUGAAAUUUGCAUAACAUGACCAAAUUAUCGGCUGGCUUCGCCACUGGUUCUCACUGCUUGUUCCCAGUUGUUGUGACAAGUCUGGAACAAGUUGUUAUCACUUUGUUACAAGGUUGAUGACGGUAACAGACUUGCUACAAGUUGUUUCAACAAGAUUAAUGCAGGCUGUUCGUAACUACGAACUUGUUGUCAUCAACUUGUUAACAACUUGCUAGGUACAGACGAUAUCAGACUUGCUGGAAGAACUGUAUUGGCCCGUUCAACUUGUUCCAGACUUGUCAACGCAAACGCGUCUUGUUGUGUGAUUAUUUUUACGUGUUUGUAGUUUAAAUCCUUGCCAGAAUCCGCCAUUUGGGGGGUACUCUGCCCUCGUGAAGGAUUCUAGACAAUAGACCUUUCCCCUUUUAAGUGAAAUUUUGAACUAGACAAGUCUGGACAAAAAUUUCAUCACAGCUUCAAAGAGCAUCACAAAAUUAGUAAUAUUCCGAAGUUUCGUUGCAAAAUGUUGUAAAAUACGGAUAAUAUAGCCUUGCGAAGUUUGCCGUUUUUCAGUCAUUUUGUAUUACAAAUGGGAAAUUGAUAAUCAGAUGAUCAAACUGAUUAUCAAUUUCCCGUUUGUAAUACCAAAUGACUGAAAAACGGCAAACUUCGCAAGGCUAAAUUAUCCGCAUUUUACAACAUUUCGCAACGAAACUUCGGCAUAUUACUAAUUUUGUGAUGCUCUUUCAAGCUGUGAUGAAAUUUUUGUUCAGACUUGUCUAGAUCAAAAUUUCACUUAAAAGGGGAAAGGUCUAUUCAAACAAGGUGAAAAGCGACUUUUAAAAGUUGUAACUGUGAAUUUACCAUUGUACAAACAACUACAAUACUAAAAAGUUGUAUUUCGUGGUCCCAAAAAUGGCGGAAAAAUCGGCCGUGAGAAAAGCUAAUUCUACGCUUAAAUUGUCGGAACAGUGAUAACUAAACAUUUUAUCAUUUAGGUAUAAUGUACAGUCCGAUGUAUGUACCUGGUUUCGACCAUAUCGCUGACGCCAUCAUUGAGGAAGUUUCCGAGUCACUCCACGGACGGGGGGUUGUGGUGCACGAACUUGAUCAUAUGGCACACGUGACGAUGAAAGAAAUCCUUGCCGGUGUGAGCGAAGAUAUUGAAAUUCAAACCGGAGGGUGGGCCGGCCGGGAACACAAACCCCACGCCGUGUUAGACGGUAAAAGCUUGGUACGGCGGAUAGCGGACGAGGUUUUACAAGCGAUCGAAGAAGAUAUGAAUAUUCAAACGGGCGGGAAAUUGGAACGAAAACGUGACCUGUACUUUGAUAGUGAACGGCUGGCCAAAAACAUCGUUGAUUCAGUUAUGGGUGAAGUUAACCGAGAUAUCAAAGAGACUGGGGCAAGUACGCCAUAUUUGUUCUCAGAUACUAAAGAACUCGGGCAGUUGGCGCUGAAAGAGUUACAAAAUAACAUCGAUCAGGCAGCGAUCGGAAUUGGUCGGAAUGUGGGUCGCGUUCAUGUGGAUGUCGACGCGUUGUCGGAGGAAGUCGGGAUGCAGCUGAAAGAUAGAAUAGAAGAGCGUUACAUACGUUCGAAUUCGAUCGGAGAGCUCCGUGACCGGGAAGUCGCGAUCGUCGACUUUGGAGAGAUCCGAAAGAGUGUUGGUGCAAUUAUGAAGAGAAAUUUGACCGAGAAUGCAUUGGUGUCACCGCGACCUGGGAACGAACCGGUGCACGUUGUGAAAGAGUGGGGCGAGUUGACGAAAGGGGUUGUCGAGACGAUGACGAAAGCAAUCCAGGAAGAUAUAGAGAUCCAAACUGGCGGAGCGAAACUGGGCAAGAGUCCGAGGGUGGUGAUCGAUGCGAGAGGUCUGAUGACUAGUGUUAUUGAGGAGAUUACCGAGGCGGUACAAGAAGAUUUUGAUAUUCAAACUGGACGGGGUUUUAGAUCCGACGAGUCAAAAGCCCGGGAUGAAAAACCCCGUGGUGAACCGGGACAGUCUGAACCUGAGGAUAAAGAUAUGUACUCGACCAGGUCAAGUUAGAAGAAUGGAACCUAGUCACGUUGAAGAGGAAUGUGAUAGUUUUAUUUUUUAAUUUUUUUUCUCAUUGGGACAAGGAAUGACAACACACGAUGAAUGAAAGAAAGUCAAACCGCUGGAGUUAAAACUAGGUUGUGGUGUUUCUUGUUUGUUGUGGUAAUUUGGGUGACAAAGGUUGAUAAACGAGUAAUAUUAAUGACACUUGUAAUUUAUAAUCGCAGAUUAAAAAUCCUAUUAUCCUAUUAUAGCUGGGUUUCAGUCACGUCCGUACAUUUAGCGCUUGGUGGUCAAUUACGUUAUACAAUUACUUUAUGGUUUCCGUGUUUGGAUGAAAAGCGCGCGAAACGCGAGCCGAAGGCGAGUGAUUUUGCGCCCUUUUUUAACUCGAGCAACAUUCCGAAGUGUUUGGAUCAGGCCAUCCAAACACGGAAACCAUAAAGUAAUUGUUUUAUAAAAUAACAACUUUCCGUGUUAAAAUUUCACUUUAAAAAACUUUCACUUUAAAUUUCCGUGUUUGGAUGGCCUGAUCCAAACACGCGUUUCGACCAAUCAGAGCACGCGUUAUAUACAUGUUAUUUUAUAAACACAGUUAGCAGAGCGAGUUAAUUUUUUAUGAUAUGUGUAAUUGACUUUGUGUUUGGUAAAUGUACGCAAUUUGGCGAAAUUUGCUCUCUUGAUUGAUAAUAGUAUUUAUUCAGGAGAACCAACAUCACAAGUUGUGUUUUCCCACAAAACAUUAAGCGUCAAUACGUGUAAAGUUGCAUGACUACCAAGCGUUUCUCUAUGUAUUAGGCUUCGUGAAACACAACUGUUGUUGAUGAGGACGUCUUGAUUGAUGUUGUCAUUGUAUUCGCCAAACUCACUACAGAAAGUUCAUCUUGACGGUUUAUACACAGACAUAUCAGAUGAAUUUUCUUUUCCAAAAUCGAACUAAUGUGAAAAUUGUUAU